AUGGAUUUUAAUAGUCUGUUGGAGCCACAUACCAGCGACACGUACCAGCAACACCAGCGACACAUACCAGCAACACCAGCGACACACACCAGCGACACGUACCAGCAACACCAGCGACACAUACCAGCAACACCAGCGACACACACCAGCGACACGUACCAGCAACACCAGCGACACAUACCAGCAACACCAGCGACACAUACCAGCAACACCAGCGACACACACCAGCGACACGUACCAGCAACACCAGCGACACAUACCAGCAACACCAGCGACACAUACCAGCGACACAUACCAGCGACACACACCAGCGACACGUACCAGCAACACCAGCGACACAUACCAGCAACACCACCAGCGACACAUACCAACAACACCAGCGACACACAUACCAGCAACACCAGCGACACAUACCAGCAACACCAGCGACACGUACCAGCGACACGUACCAGCAACACCAGCAACACAUACCAGCAACACCAGCGACACAUACCAGCAACACCAGCGACACAUACCAGCAACACCAGCGACACAUACCAGCAACACCAGCGACACAUACCAGCAACACCAGCGACACAUACCAGCAACACCAGCGACACGUACCAGCAACACCAGCGACACGUACCAGCAACACCAGCGACACAUACCAGCAACACCAGCGACACAUACCAGCAACACCAGCGACACAUACCAGCAACACCAGCGACACAUACCAGCAACACCAGCGACACAUACCAGCGACACCAGCGACACAUACCAGCAACACCAGCGACACAUACCAGCGACACGUACCAGCAACACCAGCAACACAUACCAGCAACACCAGCGACACAUACCAGCAACACCAGCGACACAUACCAGCAACACCAGCAACACAUACCAGCAACACCAGCGACACAUACUAGCAACACCAGCGACACAUACCAGCAACACCAGCGACACAUACCAGCAACACCAGCGACACAUACCAGCAACACCAGCGACACGUACCAGCAACACCAGCGACACGUACCAGCAACACCAGCGACACACACCAGCAACACCAGCGACACAUACCAGCACGACCCUUCGGCGAACUGGCUUCACGCUCGCUCGUCCCGGAAGAAGCGCUGCCCGUACACCAAGUACCAGACGCUGGAGCUGGAGAAGGAGUUCCUGUUCAACAUGUACCUGACGCGGGACCGCAGGCACGAGGUGGCGCGGGCCCUCAACCUCACCGAGCGCCAGGUCAAGAUCUGGUUUCAGAACCGCCGCAUGAAGAUGAAGAAGCAGAGCAAAGACCAGCCCAAGGAUUGA